AUGCCUUUAAUGGCUGCCCAAGUUCCGGCUAGUAAUAAGCUUCUAAUUACUUUAAAAGCAAAAUAUACUUACAAUCAUUAUAUACCUAUAAGUACGGCUUCGGAAAACGAAGCAAAUAAAAUAUUUUUAGAAUAAGAUAUCCGGUUAGUUUGCUCGACGGAAGCUUGAGUCAUUUUAAUUAUUGCGUUUAUGUAAACAUACUUAAUUCACUAUUAUGUAUGGUACAUGUAAGAUCAAUGCGGAUUAUCUCUAUUUGUGCAGUCCUCAAUCACUCGGUGAUUCACUACUAAGGCAUCUCUGUAACCUCUCGCGUGUGAUUUACCUAAACCCCGUCGUUAAUAACCGCACGUGAUGCACUUGAGUAAACAAAAACAAGAUGUGAAUUAUAGAUGAAUACGAGAGUAUACGCGUUUACUAGGAAAGGGAAGAAACCGCAGAUAUGGAUGGAAUGUGCGGAAGAUGAAAACAGAAAUAGAGAGAGAAUAAAUGUUUGGUUAGUUGAGGAAUGGACUUGAACGAUUCCGAAACUCUCGCGAUAGACAGGUUAAAUUGCAAAGAACGAAAGCCGUUAAAAAGAAUCAUAGGAAGACCUAGGUAGGAUGAAGAUGAAACAUUACCCUCUUACGUUUGUAGUGUAGGUACUAGCAUACUACGGAAUUUAAACGUAACGUUUUUUGAAAGAAGAAUGUCUAAUUACCGUUACCGGUAUUUCGAGGAUGUUUCUUAAAAUAACUCUGGGAAAACCAUGAAACGUGAUACUCACUAGUUUUACAUACUGAACGAAAUAAUAUCGUAAUUUAAAGCAAAUAUUACUAGUUGUACCACUAAUAUAUUAGCUAUCUUUAUUUGCAUGUCGGUCGCAUUAUCGUAACUUAAAUUUGACCUCCGGAUCUAAAUAAAAUAUUUUCGUUACAGCUACUGAAAGGAAUUUAUCAAUUAGUCCACGUCUGAAUACAUUUAAAUAUUUUAUAAAAAUAAUAUUUUUCAUUUAAUCUUAAUGUUAUGUAAAUGUUUCUACAGUAAGUUAAAGAAAUUGCGGCAAAAAUCUGUCAAUAAAACACAAAAACACUUCCUACCAUUUACUUACUUGCGGAAUGGUGUACAUCCUUAUGAACAGGAUCAAUAGAUAAAUGCCAUGAUAUUUAAACGACCUUCAGAGCUUUUACUAAACAAUCUAACCCGGAUAAGUGUUUCAGUGUUUUGUUCAAAAAGCGCGAUACGAUCCAUUAGGGAACCAUUAAUUAUACGACAAGAAUCCGGACAAAAACAUGAGAUCCGAGAUAAUUGGAACAUCUUAACUUUAUAAUUAUAUUAAUUAUACCUUCUAAAACAUAAAAGCACGCAUCACCAUACUCGGCACGAUUUUAUUAUUUAGUAUAAGAGGGACCUAGGUAGUAGGUAUUUAUUGUAGGUUUUAAUGCACAAUUUCACUGCCAUAACAUUCUACUUUAUACUUCCCCAGCAUUGAACUAUUUCAAAACGAAACCCCUAUUGUGAGUCAUAUCCGUCAUUUGAAACAACAGGCUUGACUACUUCAGAUAACUAUAUAGAUCUGUAUGGAACAAAGGUCCGUAAAUCAGGCACAGUGUCCAAGUAAGUCCUUUGAAGAAAUUUGCCUAAUUUUAUUGCUUCAAAUAACUCGAAUUAACAUCCGCAUGACAGUCUAACACACCUUAACUCGUCGUUUCGCGUAACAUAUUAGAGAAGUAUUUUAGGAACAUAAAAUUAUACAUUAAAACGACAGGAAUUCUUUAAUUUAAAUAAUUAUACAUAGCUUGGUAAUAUUUUUACUACAAAUUCGGCGACCAGAGGCACUGUGGGUCGGAUAAUCAGUUGAGGGCAAUACACUGAAAUAACAGACAACGGUUGAGCUUUUUUAGUAAGUGUAAUUUUCCCGGACAUGGAAUACCCAUCUAAACGUCUGUUAUUACAAACGUAAUUAAUGUUGACUUUACACUCUGUGGUCAGUUAUAAUUAAGGAGCUUUUGACCGAGAGAUUACUGAACAAUUUUGUUAAACUUUGAUCUCAUCCAAAAAUCGCACGAAGUAAAAUGAAUUUGGACGGAGGAAAAACCUUCUUGAAUGCGUUACGCGUUAGAUAAUUAAAUAUAAAAAUAUUUUUUACUUUUUCAUUCAUUUUUAAUGCGAUUAAAUCAAUAACAGUUUUGCGUGCCGCACGUGUUUCUCUCAUCUCGUGAAUAGAUAGCGUGGGAAAUUUAUUAACCAUGGAUGACAUUAAUAUGAGCUAAAAACAUUUCUUAAUUGAAUUCUCACAAAUUUAUUAGUAAAUACCGAAUUGACUUUAAAGUUCUUCACGUUCUAAAAAUAAAAAAUAAAUCUAAUAGUGGUCUGAGUUUUUAGUUCUGCACCUAAUCCCGAGUAAACUUUGUGUAUAGCGCCGUUAUUCUAACAAUUUUCUUGCGCGUAAUACGUACAUAGUUGCUUCAUUAAUUUUAUUGCUAUAGGUAGUAGGUAGACUAGGUAGGUAGGUACUUAUCUAAGGAAAAUGAUUGAUUAGGAAGGUGUCUACUGGCAGUAAAGUAUGCAUCGUUUUCGUAUUAAUAUGGAUCAGAUACCCACUUAAUAUAUGACCUGCGCGUGUUCUUUUACAUACACGUGUUGUAGUCGCAUAUUGUGUCAGUAUGAUUAAUUAUUAUGAUUGACUGGCCCAACGUUUGAGGAAAGAAGAAAAAGGAGAGACCAGAAAGUUCAUUUCUGGAUCGAAAAAAUCUCUAAAAAAUUUCUAAACCAAGGACUAGAUAUAUUUAAUUUGCAACCUAACUGUUGCGGUUUUGCCCGAAAACAAAAUUAAAUAUUUCCACAACCAUUAUGACAUUGGAUAUUUUUACAUGAAGGACUCCAUGCUCUUCUAUGGAAGGACUACAUUCUUCUAUGAGAGACCAUCGAUUCUUCUUUGUCGGGUAUAUCAAUGCAUGUACUCUUAUGGCAAAUACUUUUACUAAGAAGAUCUACCACCACGUCUUAAUGAAUCUAAUAUUAUUUUGGUUGCAGAAGCGUGUCACGCACAUGAUGUAGAGCCACAUGUCUCUUCCACAUUUGCAAUAAUAUUACUUAAUAGACGUUGCGGUAGGCCCCCGAACAACUGGUGCCAUUAAUUAUUACUGUAAGUGACAUUAUCUAUCGACAGUGUAAUUACCUACUCACGUAUCGGCUACUUACCCUAACGACAUGCCAAGGUGAAGUAUCGAUCGCUAAAAUCAUAACGGGCAGUAGAAAGAUAAGAUACAGGAAACACAAGAAGGAUAUUGUCAAGUAACGCUACCAAUCACGAUCGCAAAUAACGUUGCCGGUCAAACGCCAAACGACGUUCGUGUAUACGGAACUAAGUCCGAGGCUAAGUUUAUUGUAAUUGAGGUUGGAUCCGAGAUAAUGAUCGAAAGGCAAUCGAUUACAUUAAGGGCAGAACACACAGAUAUUAAAUGUUCUUAUUUUAAUUAGAAACUGCGAGCUGUUUGUUUCGGUUUGAAUGCCAAUUAGAGGUAUCUGUAUGGUAAAACACACGAUAACUCGCGCCACCGCAGACGCGAUCCGGUGAGUGAAGGGUAGCUCACCUCCGAUCAGGAUCAGGCUCGUGCUGUCAGAUGGGUUCGUGUUCCAUGUGAGUCCCGGUACUCAAAGAACAAAACAAGGAACUAGUCUUUUUAAUUAGCCAGUAAUAGUCUGUCAUGCUCAACCAUACAACAUAUGGUUACUGAAAAGAAAAUCUAAAGGACCUGAAAAAAAAUAGGAAAAUUUAAGAAAAAUCGUUAUAUUUUCUAACCAAACGAGUGUAUUAGAAACGUAAAUAUGAGUAUUUCAAGAACAAAAAUAUGGAAGAAUGUCUACGUCCUUUUAAGUAUGCUUCUUCUUUCUCAUGCGCAUAGAGGUUUUGGCCUUACAGAGACAUAAUAGACGGGUAGUGUGUCAUACCUUAAAAACAAUAUUAGGUAGGCGGUAUACGGAAUCUCUGUGAAAGUUAAAAUCUACAAAUAUUAUCUAGAUUAUCUAUUAUCAAUUAUCUAUUAUCUAUUAUCACAAUAUUAUCUAUUAUCUAUCUAGCAAAUCCGGUAGGGAGUAUCUUAUAAAGAUCGGAACUUCGCUUAUUUGUUUGUUUUAAGAUACAUGGCCUCAGAUUCGUUAACGGAACGAACGGGAUCACAUACAUUCGAGUCACGACAUUUGCUCGUCGGUCCGCCACGUACAUCCACGCCCCUCCGCGGCGUGAAUGGUGACUCGUGUGUAAGCUUCUUUAGAGGAUUGCCGUCCGCCCCCCGCUGCGGACGACCGGAGAAGUCACACAUAGCGCGCAUUCCACACAUUCCUAGUAAUUUACCUUUUAUAUAUACGUAGUGCUUUUAUAGAUCGUAUUGCGAAACUUAAGCCUUGAGUUUCGCAAUCGAGGAUUGACUUAAAGAAGUUCCCUUAGAUGUUGUUCAGUUGGACGGAAUUAACCUUUCUUGACUUUUUACCUAAAUAAUUUAUUUAAAUUAAUUUGGUACAUUAUAAAUUAAUUUAGAAAUGAAAUCACAGUAUCCGUUUGCAUCAGCAUGGCCGGAGAGAAGCACGUAUUUUGAAUGGUUUAACUUGCUGUGAUCUAAUAAAAUUCAGGUAUGUAGGUAUCCUAUUUAUUUAUUCCUCUUCGAAGUAGGCUAGAAACUGCUGGAAAAUAUUUUCCUUAUAAACCUUAAAAAAAAAACAAUGAUCGUGCACAUUGAACACCUACCUAGUUCAAAUAUUUGAGCGCUGUUAUCACCCAAUCUGUGUCAAUAGAACCAUAUUCGUAUGCUGAUGCGGAUUCUCGGAGAUUCCGGCUCACUACCGAGUAUUAUGACGUUUCGACACGAUCUAUGCAUGUUUUUGCUUACGUGUUUUUAUAAUAAUUUCCCACGGGUACAACGGCAGAAUAGCAAUUCAUGCGUUCAUUAUAUAAAUGGAAGACACGACUGAAGGCCUUGUGAACACAACAUUGGAGGAGGUCAAGUAGCAAAAGCAGUCGGAUGUCGUUCGAGUCGAAUUGAUUUAUGAGCAGGAUCUUAUCGAACAACAUUUAAAAAUAAACGAAGCGAAUACAAAUAAUCUUGCUAAAUUCUUAAAAACACCUUUUGAAGGCGUCAUAAGUGAUGCAAGAUAUUCAAUUGUAGGUACGUCUUUUGCGGUUUUUGGUUCAUUCAUCGAAUAUUUUUCACUGUCGUUACAUAAGAAGACAAAGUUCACGGCCAACGAGCUUAAUCGGCGGGUCAUUUUCACUCGAAGAUCAGGCGGUCGACAAACGAGGCGUGUCUAGAUUAUUCACUCGGAGGCUGCAUCCGGGCCACCGCAGGGAUCAAGUUACGACAGGGGCGUGCGAAUGUCAAGGAACCCUAGAGCCGCGCUCUCCGCGAGGGCCGCGCUCGCUGUCCGCAGCCGCCGCGCGACCACCGUCAGUCGCAGCCGACAUGUCUGCGCGCGCGCCCGCCUGCCCACACGCGCUCCUCGCGAUUUUCGCGGUUCUCGUCCUUACGCAAAUCUGCAUUACGAAUGGCGUGGAGUGCCACCGGGACGGACUUUACACAGAUUAUGAUCAAGAUUGUCAAGAAUAUGUGCGGUGUAACAGUGGUUCGGUAACUGGGAGAUAUUCAUGCCCCGAAGGGCGAGUGUUUAGCGAAGCUGAGGCCGCAUGCGUGCCCCGAGCGCGUCGCCCUUGCAUCCGCCGGGAGUGUGCCCCUAGUGACACGCUCGCAUACGCGACCCCGGGCACCGCCUGUCGCCACUACUAUCGUUGUGAAAAUGGGACAGCAGUAGAGCGAGCGUGUCCGUCCGGCGCGUGGUUCGACCUGGAGCGGCAGGCGUGCACCCGCGGCGCGGGCACCUGCUUCGAGCCGGUGUGCGCGGGGCUGCCGGACGGGCGCUACCCGGACGCGUCGCAGUCGUGCGCGCGCGCGCUGCGCUGCGGCGGCGGCGAGCUGCGCGGCGUGGCCCCGUGCGGCGCGGAGUGCGCGGCCCGCUGCCCGCCGCCGCGCGCCGCCGCCGCGCCGCUGCCGGCCGGGGACGCCGACUUCUGCUCGGACGAGGCGUGCACCUCGCUGUGCCGGGACGUGCCCGACGGCGCCUACGCCGACCGCACCACCGGCUGCCGGGAGUACUUCGUGUGCGAGUCGCAUCGGGUGAUAAGACGCGGAGUGUGCGAGCCCGGUCUUCUGUUCUCGAACGGUGCCUGCGAAACGGCAGAGCGCUCCUCCUGCCCCGCGCCGGCACUCAGCCCUUGCUUUAACAGGCACGACGGAUUACACCGCGAUUGGAAGGACUGUGCCUCUUGGUUUGAGUGUCGACGUGAACGCGUAACUAAACGCGGAUCAUGUGCUCCAGGAUUCGUAUUCGACGGUAGCGGAUGCACACCUUCCGAUAACUUUUUAUGUGACGGGCCGGCGCUAUCCGUCGAUUGUGAAGGUCUCCCGAGCGGCACGUACCAGGACCUCGAUUCCAACUGCACUCGUUACUUCCACUGUGAAGGGCCCUUACGGACCACCCUGGCGUGUCCGGCGGGUCUCGUGUUCGACGGCGUGCGGUGUUCGCCGGCGGCGCACUACCUGUGCCCGAGCCUGGAGCGCGAGUCCUGCUACGGGCGCGCGGACGGCCGCUACCGCGCCGCCGACACCGGCUGCCGCGGGUACUACGAGUGCGUGCGCGGCGAGAAAGCUAUAUACGCAUGUCCAGUAGGACGAGUUUUCGAUGGCGAGUCAUGUGUACCGGCUAAACCUGGAUUAUGCAUAAAAGAUGACUAUUCCUGUGAAGGCCUCACUAACGGUUAUCAUGCUGAGAUCGAGUCUGGAUGCCGCAGGUACUUCUAUUGCGAGCGCGGCGACCGGCUGGCGACGCUGUCGUGCCUGGGCGGGAAGGUGUUCGACGGGCGCGCGUGCGUGCGCGGGGGCGCGGCGCAGUGCGGCGGGGGCGCGGCGGGGGGCGCGGGGGGCGCGGGGGGCGCGGGCGGGGGCGCGCGGCGCUGCUGGCGGGACGGGUUCUUCCCGCUGCGCGGCUCGCAGUGCUCGCGCUACUACUUCUGCGUGGGCGGCGCGCUCACGGCGCUGGCGUGUCCGCCGCUGCAGGUCUUCAACGGCCAGCUGUGCGUGCCGCAGGAACAGUACUCCUGCCCGGGCUGAGCCCGCCUCGCCGCGAGGGGACUCACUAAUCAUGUACCUGACUAUUUAUUUCGAGGCUGUGACUUGUAUAUUAUAUUUUACGUACAUCAAGACCGCUGUCCGACGGCACGUGUGCAGAGACUCAACAUGCAAUAUCUUGCUCCAUCGUAUCUACCUCCUAUGUCGUAAUAAUACACGAUUACUUCUUACUUUUUAUUGGCAUAGAAACUUUCAAGCGACCUAAAUACUUCUAAUAGUUACACAUUGACUAUAUCUUACAGUAUUACUUUACAAAUGAAUAAUAAGCUCAAUGAAUAGAAAAAUAAAAUCUCUUUUAACGACAUAAAAGAAUAGUUAAUUUAUUUAUUUAUAUUAAUAUAGAUAAUAUUAUCUCGACCUUUUAACAGAAAUUAAAGCAAAUCUUCACAAGACAGUAUAAUAAUACUUGUCAC